UGUCUAACUUUAGUGAAAUCUGAUCUUCUCCGCCGAGUACACCAAAGCCAUGGAGGAGAACUUCCACAAAGACCACCUGGCCUGCUGGAACUGCGACAAGCAGCUAGUGGCCUGCAGGUACAUCGUCAAGGAGGAGCAUCCCUACUGCAUCCCCUGCUACCAGCAGUUGUUUGCCCACAACUGUGACGAGUGUGGCAAGCCCAUUGGUCCUGACUACAAGGACCUGUCCUACAAAGAGCGCCACUGGCACGAGUUCUGCUUCAAGUGUGUGGGCUGCCAGAAGUCGCUGGUCGACCAGCCCUUCGCCUCCAAGAACGACAAGAUCUACUGCUCUGAUUGCCAUGACAACAACUUCGCUGCCAGGUGUGACGGAUGUGGGGAGCCGUUCCGUGGAGGUAUGAAGAAGUUUGAGUACAAGGGCAAGCAAUGGCAUGAUUGGUGCUUCAUCUGCACCGAGUGCAACCAGCCAAUCGGAAACAAGAGUUUCAUCCCACGUGACGAACGUGUCAUCUGCGUGCCGUGCUAUGAAAGCAAAUACGCACAAAGGUGCAGCAAGUGUGGAGAUGUGAUCAACAAGGGGGGCAUCAGCUACAAGAACACCCCCUGGCACCGCGAGUGCUUCACCUGCACCCACUGCAGCAAGCAGCUGGCCGGGGAGAAGUUCACCUCCAAGGACGAGCAGCCCUUCUGCGGGGACUGCUACGGCGAGCUGUUCGCCAAGAGAUGCUGUCGUUGCACCAAGCCUAUCACUGGCAUUGGUGGCACAAAGUUUAUUUCAUUUGAGGAGAGACACUGGCACAGUGACUGCUUCAACUGCUACAAGUGUGAGGCCAGCAUGGUCGGCCGAGGUUUUCUCAUGAACGGCGAGGACAUCGUCUGCCCAGAGUGUGGCCGCAGCUAGACAACAUAUUUUAAUUAUAUCAAAAAUAGCAAUUUUUUAAAGAAACAAAUUUACUUUUUUUUUAAUACGGCAAUAUACAAACUUAGUAGCUUACAGUUCCUGUAAUGAUUUAAUUUCAAUGGUUUUGUUUCUUCUAUAGUGCAGUUUUUGUAUAUUCCAUUUUUUAAAUACAAGUUUAAAGUUUUAAUAGAUCUACUUGUAAAAAGAAAUUUAAAUCAAUUUUCUACCAGUUUUCUACUUUUAUAUGAGCACUUUUAAAGCAAAUGUUUAACAUGGAUGAGCAAUAAACUGAUAAGAGUUUUAAAAAAUUGUAUAUAUGUAUGGUGGUGAAAAGUUAAUAUUUUAUUGUAUAAAUAUUCAAUGAUCUGGUUGGAGCAAUUAUUAGUAAUGACAGCAAAAACUUUUACUUGCUUUCUGCAUUUUGCUGCGUUAAUAUGUAAUAUAGUUUUACCAACCAAUUUAGUUUUCUCUCAACAUUUUCUUUUUAAAUUCUACCUACUUUAUUUACCAAAGAAAGGAAAUAUUUACCAUUGCCUAUUUAACUACAUGACUGUAAUUCCUCAAAUAUAGACUAUUAAAUAUAGAAUAUACGAACCAAAAUAAAGACCAAUAGCUUUUUUUUCUUUUAAAAAGGCAUAAAACAUAUCAAAAAGUUGUACUGGAAAAUAGAAUGCAAACUUUUUAAGAAACCUAUUGCUUUGUUGUUGUGUUGAUUACAAACCAACCUCUGUCUAUUGCCUGUUUUUGUCAAUUAGUACAAGGCUGAUAGCUGGUAUAGGGCUCUACCACUACAAGCCUGUUAGGUGACAG